GAGGCCCCAUCCCGGGCGGAGAGCCAGCCAAUCAGGAGUGCGCUCGCCUCCCGCCUUCCCUCCCGUUCGCCGGGGAAGGUAUCCGUUGGAAUUUUGCCGGGCGGGCGACGCAGCCUAUCUCGGGCUGCCAGCGGUGGUUUGAAGGAGGUGGCGGGAACUCGAUGUGAGUCAGGCUCCGCUUCCCCGCACGGUCGCUUAGGUUUUUUAAUCAAUCAAAAUUAACACAGCAAAAUAGUCAAGAUGUCUGUUGAUCCAAUGACUUAUGAGGCACAAUUUUUUGGUUUUACACCACAAACUUGCAUGCUUAGGAUCUACAUUGCAUUUCAAGACUACCUAUUUGAAGUGAUGCAGGCCGUUGAACAGGUUAUUCUGAAGAAGCUGGAAGGCCUCCCAGGCUGUGAGAUUAGCCCUGUCCAGAUCCGUAAAUGCACAGAGAAGUUUCUUUGCUUCAUGAAAGGACGCUUUGAUCACCUUUUUGGCAAAAUGGAGCAGCUAUUUUUACAGUUGAUUUUGCACAUUCCUCCAAACAUCUUGCUUCCAGAAGACAAAUCCCAGGAGAUGCAUCCUUGCAGUGAGGAAGAAUUCCAGCUUCUCCAAAAAGAAAUUGAACAAUUACAGGAGAAGUAUAAAACUGAAUUAUGUACUAAACAGGCUCUUCUUGCAGAAUUAGAAGAGCAAAAAAUUACUCAGGCCAAACUCAGAGAGACAUUGGCUCUGUUUGAUGAGCUUGAGAAUAUUGGCAGAGAUCACGGGACUAGUGAGUUUAGAGAAAGUUUAGUGUUUCUGACCCAAAACUCCAGGAAACUACAGACUAUUAGAGACAAUAUGGAAAUGGAAGGUGAAAAACUGAAAAUAUCUUAAUUUGCAGAUAGUAAAAGGAGCCUGUCAGAAAGAGUGGUAAAGGAUUUUACGUCAACAGUGAUUAUUCUUAUUCUAGUGAAUUGUAUAUUUUGUUUUCCUUGUUUGCUCAUAUUCUGUAUUUCCUUUUCUCCUCCAUGCUUAACUUUCUAUUACCCUGAACUAAUUAUUGAAGCAUCUGUUUCUUAGAGGCCUAUAGUAGGUGGGAAGGGAUUCUUGACUCAGUAACAAUUUAUUUGUGGGCCUGAUUGAAGAAGUAAAGUUUUCCCUGGCCAAAAGCCUUUUUGGAAAGUUGUACCUUGGUCAUGAAUCCUUUGUAACACUGAUGCUUUUGGUUUAUUCUUUGAAUGAGACCAAAUGUGGAAAAAAGGUUAACUGGAUGGCUUCUUCAUUAAUCAGCUCCUAUGCUGCAUGCCAACUACGUGUUUCUAUCCCGUAGCUUUCUUACACAAGAAAGUUGAUAACUAGUUGAAAGAAGCAUAUAGCCAAAAAACAACCAAAAGCGAACCAGGUUUUUUUUUUUAGUGAUGAACAACGAAGCAAUUUUUAUUCUACAGUCUUUUCCAUGACCAAGACCUUGAAGUUGAGUAUGUUGGAGUGUGGUGUCCAGUAGAAGUCUGAAGACAUGAAAACAUCUCGCUGGAAUAGAAAAGGGACCUACCCAUUAGCUAGGUCUAUACCAACUAGUUGUUUUAUACCAUUUUGUUUUUCAUCCUUUAUUUAGUUUUGGGUCUGUCUUGUAAUCUAAUAUUUAAUUUAUUUAGUCAUUCAUCAACAUCAAAUAUUUAGUUCUUUCAGUGGGAACUUUUAGCUAUGUCUUGUGUUUAAAUUCAAUAGGUUCUAAUACUUCCUUUUGUAUUUAGUCUGCAAAAAGUAUUAGAUCACCCAGCGAAAGGGGAGAAGUAAAAAUAGUUACUCACAGAUAUUGUUUGCCCUCAUGUCUUCCUAGAGAACAGGGUUUGGCAUUUUCCCCAUGUAUAGAGGAGUAACUUCAGGUAUUAAUUUGCAAUUAAUUGUUCAUAGGUUUAAGAAGCUUGUAUUUCCCUUGAUAACCCUGUGUAUUUAUCAGAGGCCUUUCCCCAAACCUAUACAUUAAAUACAUUUAUUUUAAAUUUUUUAAAAGAAUUUUGUGCUAUCAUGUUAUUUUCUUC